CGUCUUGGCUGAUAAUUGAGAAGGACCACAGCGUUAAAAUACUCGCACGGUAUUCACACUAAGAAAACAGCCAGGUUUCCAAAGUCCAGAUGCAGUCAAAUGAGGACAGUGGGGUGCUGAAUGUCAGCGGCUCUGGCGAGGAAAACUACUUCCUCAGCUACACCUUCACGGACCGGACCCACUCGGGCCGGGUGGUGAAGAGCAUCAUGGACCUGUGCCUGGAGGACGGGCUCUUUGCUGACGUCACCGUCUCGGUGGACGGGAAGGAGUUCCAGCUGCACAGGCUGGUGCUUUCGGCUCAGAGCUGCUUCUUCCGCUCCAUGUUCACUUCCAACCUGAAGGAGGCGCACAACCGCAGCAUCGAGCUGAAGGACGUCAGUGCCCCUGUCUUUCAGCUACUGGUAGAUUAUAUCUACCACGGGACCAUCAAGCUGAGGGUGGAGGACUUGCAGGACACCUACGAGAUGGCUGACAUGUACCAGUUGACCGCGUUGUUCGAGGAGUGCUCCCGCUUUCUGGCCCGCACGGUGGAGGUGAGGAGCUGCCUGCAGGUGAUGUGGCUGGCUGACCAGCACAGCGACCAGGAGCUGUACACCGCAGCCAAGCACUGCGCCAAGAUCCAUCUGGUGCAGCUCCACCACACAGAGGAGUUCCUCAACCUGCCUCUUCGCCUGCUCACCGACAUCAUCAAGGAUGGUGUUCCAAGCUCACAGAACCCGACCGUUGCAAUAGAAACAUGGAUAAACCACAGUAAAGAAGAAAGAGAGGGUUACUCUGUCAUGCUGCUGGACAGCCUGAAGGAGAUUGGUGAAAACGUGCACAUCUACCUGAUCGGGAAGGAGGAGACGCGCACGCACUCCCUGGCCAUGUCCCUGCACUGCACGGAAGACGAUGUCAUCAGCGUCAGUGGGCAGAACAGCCUGUGCCACCAGAUCACUGCAGCCUGCAAGCAUGGGGGCGAUCUGUACGUGGUUGGAGGCUCCAUCCCUCGCCGCAUGUGGAAGUGCAACAUGCAGACCAUGGACUGGGAGCGCUGCGCCCCGCUGCCCCGCGACCGGCUGCAGCACACGCUGGUCUCUGUGCCAGGGGAGGAUGCCAUCUACUCCCUGGGUGGCAAGACGCUGCAGGACAUCCUGUCCAACGCUGUGAUCUAUUACACUGUCCAGGACAACAUGUGGACCGAAACCCGCCAGCUGGACACUGCUGUGUCCGGAGCAGCUGGGGUUAACCUGGGUGGCACCAUCUACCUGCUAGGUGGAGAGGAGAAUGACAUGGACUUCUUCACUAAGCCCUCCCGGCUUAUCCAGUGCUUUGACACGGCUGCGCAGAAGUGCCACAUCAAGCCCUACAUGCUCCCCUUUGCUGGCUGCAUGCACGCAACCGCCCACAAGGACCUGAUUUUUAUUGUGGCCGAGGGCGACUCGCUGGUGUGCUACAACCCCCUGCUGGAGAGCUUCACCCGGCUGCGCUUCCCCGAGGUGUGGAGCUGCAUGCCCUCCUUCUGGAAGGUGGCAAGCUGCAACGGCUGCAUCUAUGUCUUCAGGGACAAGUGCAAGAAGGGAGACGCCAACACGCUCAAGUUCAACCCUGCCACCUCCGUCGUCUCUGUUAUCAGGGGGAUCAAAAUCCUCCUGACGAACUGGCAGUUUGUGUUGGCUUGACCCCAUCUUAAUGGAAGGAAUUGUUAUGCCACAAGCUGUUUUCCUGAAUCUGGGAGCUUAAUCUGAUUUAACUGUUUAUUAGGUUCAGUUACAGACAAAUUUACUUCCUCCACAUGUCCCCACUCCCGUUUUGUAGGGGUUGCAGUAUUGUUGUCGGAGCGGUGGAGUUUACAUUGGUGAGGAACAGUGUGUGUGUCUCACUGCAUUAGCCUGUGCAAUUCCUGCUCAUGCGCUCUGUCUCUGGUGCACAAUAAAGUCACCACUCUUGAUUCUCAAAUUUUCCCACACUGUGAUCUUUGCAUUAUUGCAGUGAUGGGGGGGUGGGGGGAAAUAAAAAAGAUUCUCUUUCCAUAGCUUAGUUCCAGCUGUUCCCGUUUUUACUGCGAGCCUCAUAACGCACAGAUGCUGAUUAUUGAGCAUAGAUCAUUUAUUUUCAUCCCUGUCACUCCAACCCCGCUGUUGGUAGCUUAGUGUCUGGGGUAACUAAUUCAGUACAUUAAAUCAGACAACCUCAACACUUUGAUGCAAACUUAUGUGUAUUAUGAUAUUCCAUCAGCACCAAAAUCUGAGGCUUGUCAUUUGUGUGAUGUUUAAAAUUUACCAAUUUUCAUGGCAUAUUUAUUCUCUUGUAAGCAUCAUUAGGCCGUCAAAGUACCCUAAUGGCAGACCCUAUAUAUUUUUUUGUUUCUCUUUCAUGAUUUUCACAAUUUACUACAACUGCCUAAUGUGUCAUUAGAGCUAAGAAAAGACAAACAAGUGGAAUUACAAUAAAGAAGCACUUAGGACACAGCUGGAUUCAGUUGAAACCUAGCACAAAACAAUUCUCUUUAUUCUUUUAAUGGCUUCUGUGAAGCGACUCAAUGUCUGCUACAGCCUCAGAAGCUGCACAUUGAAAUUAUAGUUAAUAUACUGGAGCUGAAUAACGAAAACAGAAAGGCUUGACAUAACACAGUCAGAGUUUACAGCCGCAACAGGGGCGUCUGUAGUGUUAAAUAGUUAACGGAUGAAUCGCGUGAUUGCUUUCAACUGAGAGGAGAUUGACAUCUGCAGUCAACUCUGUUCUCUAGAUUCCAGAAUGGCCACUUACAGCACUUCCAUUUGAGGCUGGUCCUGGUGUGAGUAAUGUAUGCAGUUUUGGAGACACACGCUCCAGCCAACCAAGCACCUUUUAAGAGCUAUUGUCUUGCCCAUCUUACUGAAACUGAUUUGCAACAAGGGGAUGGAGCUUCUAUAAAUUGCAGAGCACACCUGGGUGUGGGGAUAAUUAAAUAGUCAGGUGAGGGACAGUCCAUUUCCACAGCCGUUCCUGCUGCAUAUUUAGAGAAGCACUUCGAGUUCUUUGGCAGUCUUUGUGUAAUCGAAGAGGAAAAGGCUUUGACAUCAUAUCGAAACGAUGGUCUAAAUGUAUGAAUGUUUAAAGGGCGUGUUGUGCCCUCACCAAGAUGUAGGCCUGGAAGGAAGGUGCGUAGUGUCAAGUGUUAACUUAGGGGUAGAUACAGUUUGUGUCUUUUCAUUCUGAGAAAUACUUUAUCAAGUGAUAUAAAAUGGGCAUGUUUAAAUGGGCUUUGGUGAAGAGGGAAUCAUUUUUUUUAUUAUCAUGGAGUGUGCGUGUGUGACAUGCAUGCAAGUCUCACAGUAAAAGAAUACUAUAAUUA